AUGGCUUCUUGUAUUUUAACACUCAGAUCUUCUUCUUCCAAUUCAUUUUCCCGCCUAAAACCGUUACUUCCACCACCGAACUUCAACUCCCGUUCAUCCUCUUCUUCACCAUUCAUCAAAUUCAAGAGCCAUAACUUCGGCAUCAACGUGUUGCAAUCGGAGUUCAACCGUAGUUUCGUCACACAAGCAACCGGAGGGAAUUUGAAUUUGAGUUUCCCUCUGAUUUCUCCUAACGACCAAUGGGGAAACUGGACCGCUCUAUUCGCUGCCGCAGCAAUUGGAAUCUGGUCAGAGAAAACGGAGAUCGGGAAGACAGUGAGUGGAGCUAUUGUGACGAUUUUGGUGUGUCUUGCUGCUAGUAAUUUGGGGAUUCUUUCUGUUGAUGCUCCUGCUUAUGAUUUGGUUUUGAAGUUUCUUCUUCCUCUCGCUAUUCCCUUGCUUCUCUUUAGGGCGGAUCUCCGCCGUGUCAUCAGCUCCACCGGCGUACUUCUCUUGCCUUUCUUGCUUGGUUCAGUUGCAACUACAAUAGGGACAGUAGUAGCAUAUCUACUUGUUCCAAUGCGAUCGCUUGGUUCGGAUAGUUGGAAGAUAGCAGCUGCUCUCAUGGGCAGACAUAUUGGUGGAGCCGUCAAUUAUGUUGCCAUAUCUGAUGCUCUUGGUGUUCAACCCUCGGUUUUAGUUGCCGGCUUAGCUGCAGAUAAUGUUAUUUGUGCACUGUAUUUUUCAACAUUGUUUGCGUUGGCCUCUAAAGUGCCUCCAGAGGCCUCAACAUCAGAAAAUGAUGAUGCAAUGAAUUCCAUAUCUGGGUCUGGUGACAAACUUCCGGUGCUACAAAUGGCUACUUCUCUUGCCGUGUCUUUUGCCAUCUGCAAGGUUGCCAAUAUUCUUACAGGGUAUUUUGGAAUCCAAGGGGGUACUCUGCCAUUAGUAACAGCAAUUGCUGUGAUAUCUGCAACUGUAUUUCCCAAACCAUUUGCUUCACUUUCAUCCUCUGGUGAAGCUAUGGCUGUGAUUCUCAUACAGGUAUUCUUUGGGGUGAUAGGUGCAAGUGGGAGCAUAAGGAGUGUGAUGAACACAGCACCAAGUAUAUUUUUGUUUUCUUUUGUUCAAAUAACAGUUCAUCUUGCUUUGAUACUUGGACUGGGUAGAGUUUUUCACUUUGACUUGAAGUUGUUGCUCAUAGCAUCAAAUGCUAAUGUUGGAGGCCCAACAACAGCAUGUGGAAUGGCAACUGCAAAAGGGUGGAAAUCCCUCAUUUUGCCUGGUAUUCUUGCUGGUAUAUUUGGAAUUGCCAUUGCUACUUUUCUCGGCAUUGGAUUCGGUCUAAAAGUCUUGCAACACAUGUAA